CUAUAGAAAAUAAAAUAGUAAACAAAAAAAUUAGCGAGUAAUCCUUUAUUUUAUGAGUUUUGAAAAAUGAAAGAGAAAGAAAAAGAAGUAGAAGACAAGAAGCGAGUGAGGGAUUUACAUACUGCAGCGAGUGAGCUUUGUUUUUUUUUUUUUAAUGUUUCUUGCCAAAUUCUUCCUCGCAGUCUCUCGGAGACUUUGAAACAAAGAGUCCUUGCUUCUCUGUUUCCCCAGUUUUUCGCUCUGUGGAAGAAUGCCUUCGAAGCGAAGAAAGGAGAAGUAAACGGGAAGCAAACAAGAAAAAAAAAAUUAGAAUGCGAACGGUUUGUGACGUCUGCGAGAGCGCCGCCGCUAUCCUUUUCUGCGCCGCCGACGAGGCCGCUCUUUGCCGUUCCUGCGACGAAAAGGUUCACAUGUGUAACAAGCUUGCAAGUAGGCAUGUGAGAGUUGGGUUAGCUGACCCCAGCGAUGUCCCACGCUGUGAUAUAUGUGAAAAUGCUCCUGCGUUCUUUUAUUGUGAAGUGGAUGGUAGUUCCCUUUGCCUGCAAUGUGAUAUGAUUGUACAUGUUGGAGGUAAACGGACCCAUGGGAGAUAUCUCUUGUUGAGGCAGAGAGUUGAGUUUCCAGGGGAUAAGCCUGGUCGUUUGGACGAACUGGGGUUGCAAACGCUUGAUCGAAACGAAGUAAGGAAGGAUAAGAAUCAGCAGCAACCUAAGCUUGCAGCAAGAGAGAACCAGCAAAAUCAUAGAGGCUCUCCUGUUCCAGUGCUUGAUGGUAGUUCUGAUGGGGAUGGAAAGGGUAAUAAAUUGAUUGAUCUAAAUGCCAAGCCCCAACGAGCGCAUGGUCAAGCUUCAACCAAUCAGUGCAGUGACUGCUUCAUGUUUAAGGAGCAAGGCAUGGAUAUUUCGAGUGGCAAUAAUCAUGACUCUUCAAGCGUGGUCCCGGUUGGAUCCUUCAAAAGAGAGCCUGAUAAGUGAGCUAGAUGUUGCUGAAUGAUCUCUCACAUCUGUGUAUUUAUUGACGGCUUGCGGUCCUUGUCAGAUAUAUCUUCCUUCCCCAUGGGUUAGGCUUCUGUCUGUGCCAUUCCUUGCGCAAAAAUGAAAACUAUUGAAGAUAAUUUUUACCCAUGUACCAAAAUCAAAGAUUCUUGCCUAACUGAGUAGUGAAGUUGUGACGUUUUUAUUUGUGCCAAUGGAAGUAUACACCCCUGUUAAUGUCCUUUUCAAUUAAAAAUUUCCAUCAACAUUGUUGCUGGCGAUCAGAAAGACAAGCCGCCAUCAAAAUUUUACGUCAAAAAAAAUUUACGAAGAACUAAGGUGAAACUUUUCACUUCACUUGCUUCUUGUGAAUUUCUUUGCGUUGGUGAUGAAAAGCAGAACAAACGAAGGGCGGCAGGUGGUCAUACUAAGGAAUUAACCUUUGGUUCAGUUCCAUUGUCAAGAAGUUCUGUUUUGCCUCAGAAAACACCAGCUGAAAAUGGUGAUAUUAUUAGUUUUGAUUACGGAUUUAAGUUAAGACUGGCAGAUAAAACUUAUUGCUAGUAUUUAGACAUGACAAUUAAAUGCAAUCAGAGUAUGGAUUGAAAUCCUAUGAACCACUUGUUUCCUCCUUGUCUCCUCCAAUUUCUGAUGUGUUGGAAUCCAAAAAGGUGUUCGCGAUAUUGUGAGAAGCAAAGUGUAAGAUCAGCAUCUUCUAUCGAAUUCAUUAAUCAUUCUAGCUUUUUCCUUUUUCUUUUUGAUGGAAUGAAGAGCAUAGGCAAUUAUUCUUCAUUUUCUGUU